AAUCUAUAAUUGAUUUAUUUCUAUAAUCCGUUGUUCUACUCAGUUAUCGUAUAUUGUAUGUUUGCAACGCUUGAGCGGUUUAUAGUAGCGAAAAAAUGAGUUAAAAAUUAAUGUUUUGUGUUAAAAGUAAGAAAUGGACCUUUCGCCAGAUGAAGAAAACUUUCAAGGACGGCUGCUGCAUCAGGCUGCAUUGUGGGACAACUUGGAACUGCUCCAAGAGUUGAUAGCUACUGGGGCCGAGGUCGAUGCGAGAGAUCAACAUAAUCGUAGUGCGCUCCAUGCAGCGGCCCUCGCUGAACGCAGUAGCUGUUUGUCAGCGCUGUGCGUUGGUGGAGCUGAUGUGAAUGCUAAGUCUGAUGAUGUCACGGGUGGCAAGACACCAUUGCACAUCGCGGCUGAAUGCGGUCAUGCUGAAAAUGUCACAGUGCUAAUAUCAGCACGUGCAGAUAUUACAGCAUUAACAGGUGCUGGAGAUACAGCAUUGACCUUAGCUGAACGGUCCCGGCAUAGACAUGCCGCGAACGUCCUACGAAAUGCCAGAGAUGUCCUGGAACGCGAGCGCUUAUGCCAUCAUGCCCAGCUUCGUGAGUUGGUUGUGCGGGGAGAUGCGAGUGGUCUUCGGGAUAAGCUUGAUUCCUUGGGUGCUGCAGCGGCCAUCAUUGCCAACCUGACGCCUGGUGGAGCCAAUACGCUGUUGUAUGUCGCAUCAGAGUUAGGCAACCUAGCCUCAGCUUCGGUCCUUGUUGGCGCCGGCGCAGAUGGGCGAGCUCACCCCGUGACCAGAUAUGGCCCAUUGUAUAUUGCGUGCUAUCAUGGUCAUUCCGACAACGCCAUGCUGCUGCUGGCCCACUUUCCUGAAGCUGUUCAGCAAGAAACCGUUGAAAAAUGGCUGCCAUUACACGCAGCCUGUAUCGGCGGUCAUCCAUCCCUAGUCAAGCUGCUGUUGGAGUACCAGUACCCGGCUCAUCUGCUUAAUACAUAUACCGACGCAAGCGGACAAUACCAAUAUCGGAUGGCGUUUGACGUGAACGCACGCGACGCGAGCGGCCAAAGUGCGUUGUACGUCGCGUGUACGCUGGGCAACGCGGGCGUUGUUGAUGCGCUGUUGGAGUUCUCUGUACCAGUGUUGAGACCUGCACAGUCUCCUCCUAAAGACUCUGUGCCGACGGAAUCCCGAGUAAAUUCUAGUCCUCAUAGAAGUGGAAUUUCAUUAGGAAUUCAUGCUAUCGUCAAUAAACUUACUGGAGGUAACAAAACUUCAGCAAUCGAAACAGAGAAGCGUGUACGUCCAGUACGUACGGACAGCGGGCGCGGUAUGGACACGUGCGUUGCCUGCGCAGCGAGACUCGGCCACGCGAGGGUUUUGCGAAGAUUGUUGGCUGCUGGGGCAAGGCCUGAUGCAUGUGCAGAGAUGGUAUCUGAUGUAGCCCGUGAUACGAGACGUCGCUCGCGCAGUGCGUCCAUCACAAGAGGUCGAGCGUCACCGUCGCCUGCGCAGUCGGCCUACAAUGAUGAUCGUGAAGGCUGGACCGCAUUGGCGGUAGCAGCAAGAGCUCGGAAUGUGCAAAUAGUGGAGAUGCUGUUGGCUGCCGGAGCCACAGACCCUGGUGGAAAGGCGUUGAGGGAAUGCGCUAGACAUGGGCUCACGGAUCUCGUGGCUGCCCUCCUGGCUACCAAAGCUUACCCGGAUCCCGAGUAUAAGCUGAACAAGUCAGCGAUCUCCGAGACGGUCAUAUCCGGAAAAGACGCUGACACAGCAUUGUCAUUCAGUGCGAGAUGUCCAUCAACACCUGUUAUGAUCAACUGGAGGGAGUUGAGGUGUCAACUGACCAGAUUGCGUAUGAGCUGGUUACGUGCAGCUGCAUCUCGUGUGAAUUCAAAAUUAUGCACGAAUGGCAACGCGUUAUUGGCCCUGACGAGACUCGAGGUAGCUAACAACGAGUUGAGAGAACUGCCAAGGGAAUUGUUUUCGCUUAUGAGCUUGAGGUAUUUGAACGCCGCUCAAAACAAGCUGGAGCGACUGCCAACAGCAAAAGAUCCGUUUGAAGAAGACUAUGACGUAGGGAGAAGAAAAAAGAGGGACAAGAAAAGCAGCAGUGUUUAUACAGCGCCAGUUUUGCAGGAACUAUAUUUGCAGGAUAAUCGCCUCGAAGAAUUACCACCGGACCUUUUCUCUCUCCCAGCUCUGACGAGUCUAGAUGUGUCAAAUAAUAAACUGCGCACGCUUCCUGCGAAUAUGUGGAGUUCCCCCUGUUUGAGGGACCUCAACGCCGCCUUGAACCACUUGAAGGAACUACCCACUGGAGAGGAGACAAAUGACAGUGCCUCCAGUGUUUCGUCCCCUUCUGAUUCUCCUCUACCGGGUGCUUCGCCUUCCACCAAUUCGGCGCCAUAUGGGUUCUCACAAACGAAGUCGGCAUCACGGAGUCCGUCCAUAGAAAACAGUGAAUCAACACCAGACGAUGAAGAAGUUCCUGGGCUUGGGAACCGAGCUGGAAACGCUAUCUGGUCCGAAGCGCGUCGUGCGCACGCCUGGCGUGGGGCAAGGGCUCCGUCUCCAGUUAGAGCCCCAGUGGGUCCCGGAGCCAGUUGCCUGGCGUCUCUCAAUCUCUCUCACAACCAGUUCUCGUGCGUGCCACCACCGUUAGCAUGCAGAGCUCCAGCUUUGACCAGACUUAAUAUGGCCUAUAAUGGAUUAAGAUCCAUGUCAUAUGUGACGUCAUAUCCUACAAAUCUUCGCCAACUGGACUUAAGUCACAAUGAGAUUUCCUGCUGGCCGAGUUUACCACAGAUGGAAAGUUUCGGCAGCGACGGAUCUCCAUUGGCGUGCUAUUGCCCAAAUGGCGGCGUUGGCCGCAUAAGGCCUCGUUCAGGGGGCUCUGUUAGGUCCCAGUUGCUUAGCGCUGCUUGUCCUGCUCGGCGUCAUCUAAGACUCGAAGCUUUAAGGACCUUGAUACUAGCAAACAAUAUGUUAACCAGAAUUCAACUCACCACUGAUGAUGAUGGUCUCGCGACUCGGGCUGAUCAUCGGAAUGAUGAUAACGAUGAUGAAUGGUCAGAAGGAGAAUGUCACCUCAAACGACGACUUCUCUUCCCACUCCUCUCGAUGUUGGAUGUGUCCUGUAAUCUUCUGAAGUCCGUCCCACCGGCCAUCUACUUGCUUAGCAACCUGGCUGUGCUUAACUUGAGCGGGAAUAAAGACAUAACAGACCUGCCACCACAAAUGGGACUUCUAUCGCGCCUGUGGAACCUGAAUACAGUAGGUUGCUGUCUUUCGGAGCCCCUACGUUCCGUCGUGCGCGGGGGGCGGAGCCGCAGUGUCGACGUUGUAGGCUUCUUGAGAUCGGUGCUGCAUGAAGCGAAGCCCUACGCACGGAUGAAGCUCAUGAUCGUUGGAGUACAGGGUAUUGGAAAGACGAGUUUAUUAGAAUGUCUUCGGCAAGAGUCAGCCAUACAACAUCGAAGAAAACCAACUGAUCAUUGGGCAAAGCGUAUGGGCAACCGCAGCGCUCGUGGUAUGUCAACUGUGGGCGUGGAUAUAGGUUGGUGGGUCUUUGAACCCCAACGAGCAGCUAGAGGCCCCGUCACGUUCAGCACAUGGGAUUUUGGGGGACAACAUGAGUACUAUUCAACACACCAGUAUUUCCUUUCACGUCGCUCCCUGUAUCUCGUCGUGUGGAAGGUUCCAGAUGGCAAAAAGGGCUUGGCCAGUGCACUACAAUGGCUGAGGUCAAUACAAGCGCGAGCGCCAGGAUCACCCGUCAUUAUGGUCGGCACACACUAUGACCAAGUUGUUAAUAGCAACCUACCAGAGAGCGAGAGCCCUUUAGCCCUCCAGCGUUUAAUAAGAGGCAGUGUGAUGGGUGCACCUGAUGCUGAUAAAUUAGGGCUUCCUCGGGUUCUGGAUACUAUCGAAGUAUCCUGCAGUACCCGGCACAAUAUAAAACUUUUGGCGGACAUUAUAUAUUCCGUUGCGUUCAGCGUCAAACCACCGGGUAGCAAAGAACCGAUGUUGGAACAGCGUGUGCCAGCUACAUAUUUGGCUUUAGAAGAAUGUGUCAGUUCCUUAGCUGGUGAACUCAAGGAGCCGGUCCUAAGACAUGAACAGUAUCGACGUUUGGUUACGCAGUACAUGCAACAGAAGAACCUCAAAAUGUUCAGAGAUGCCGCGGAAUUGCACCAGGCGACGAUGUUUCUACAUGAAAAUGGUGUCCUGCUCCAUUACGAUGACGCGACUCUUAAGGAACUGUACUUCCUCCGUCCUCAGUGGCUCUGUGAUAUUUUGGCUCAUGUCGUUACUGUUCGGGAGAUCAAUCCGUUCGCUAAUAGUGGUAUAAUGAAAGUGGAAGAUUUAGCACACGUUUUCAAAGCCUCGCCAGCAUUAGGAGGUGGUGAGGAAGCUCGUUCGUUGGGAAUGUCCUUACUCAACAAGUUCGAGCUGGCUCUAUGCUGGGACGGUAGAGCGUUGCUCGUCCCACCCUUGCUCCCCACCAUUGAGCCAAUGCAGCCGCAACCACAGUUGGCCCUAAAAUCCCGUACGUGGCCUGGCACCCCUAGGAGAAUGUUCUCCAACACAUUGACGACCUGCGACGAAAUACGCAAUUCUGAAGCUCCUCUUACACAGGACUGCGGAUGGGGCAUCGUCCUAUCGAGUAGGGAUAGUGGCCGCUCGCUUCGUCGUAUCCUUCUGAUGUCGUACGUGCCUUGCGGCUUUUGGGCGCGGUUGUGUGCGCGGCUUUUGGCUGAUGGUGCACUCGCUGCCACUGCGCCUGAUCUGUACAAGAUUCCACAAGAGAUUGAACAAGACGAAAACCUGAUGAAGGCACUCGAGCUCAACUGGUCCUGGAAGGUUUGGAAGACGGGAGUGAAGUUAGUCUGUGGACAGCUGACCUUGCUUUCUUUGAGGGAGAUAUCCCCUACGAAGGACCCUUUGCUGGGGAGCCUGGUGGAUGAUGUGGAUACGGAGGAACUGUACCACCAUAUGAGAUUUCGAGUUCGUCAAGAAGGCGUAUGGUGUGAACUGGAUAUGCAGACUUCUGCCUGCAUUGAAAUUCUACUUCCAGCACAAGCCUGCAUUGCAAGACGGAAAGAUGGCCUCCCGUUAACAGGAUACCAGGUUAAUAUGCAAAAUAGCAUAACCUUGGAACCCAACCCAGCGGUACUGGCAAGAGUUCUGGCGCUGGUCUCAGAUCUUCUGGACUUGUUACUGGAAGAUUGGUAUCCAUCUUUAGGUACCCGCUUCGUGCACACCUCGGAAGGGCGUUGUCUCAUAACACGAGUGGUCCCAUGCCCCGGGUGUCUGCGCGAUGCUGUCUCAAACAAUCUCCCACAAUUCCAGCCAGAACUUCACGAUAAUAACUUGACUCAGGCGUUAAAACGGCUAGAAUUGGGGAAUGAAACGCGAAGAUUACGCCUCUCCGAGGAGUCGAGAACUUCGGAUCGUGACAGUGGAGUCGGGAACGAGUCAAUUACAUCAUCGCGCCUCGGUUCCGUUGAAGGAGUUCAACGUAGUUUCAUAGUUGGGGAAUGUUGGACCCUGGAAGAAUGUAUCCUAGCAGGAUGCACUGGCAAAAGGCUGGCCUGUCAGCACCACGCUGACGUGGAACUGGCGGAUGUCGCUCCUGAUGUGCUUCUACUCGACGUGGAAGACUCAAAACGUGCUCGUUGGGAACAUAUAACACUUGGGGCUGUGGUGGGAAGAGGAGCGUUUGGGACGGUGGUUGCUGGGACAUGGCGCCCACCUGGCAGCGAAUCCCGCAGGGUCGCAUUAAAAGCGCUACAACCGGUGCCAGCGCAGCCGCACUCUAUACCCGCUCUUACGGCUUACAAGGCAGCAGUCUCACGUUGGGAACGGGAGCCAUUAGCAGGCGCCUGUCGGGCCUACUGCGGUCUACGUCAAGAGUUGGGCAUCCUCAGCAGACUUCGGCAUCCUCACGUACUGCCACUGCUGGCAGCUUGUCCGGCUCCACUCGCCUUGUUGCUGGCUAUUGCACCUCAGGGUUCCUUAGAGAACACACUCCGUAGCUAUCGUGGUUGUGGAGCUAGAGUGGGUGCCCGUGCUGCGCGUGCGCUGACUCUACAGCUUGCACGCGCUCUGGAGUACUUGCACACGCAUCGCGUGCUUUACCGGGAUUUAAAGUCGGAAAACGUGCUGGUAUGGACAUUCCCAGCUCCAGCUGAAUCUCAAGUGGCUGAAAAUAGCCCAGAUCCCAUCGAUGUCCAUGUCAAACUUGGAGAUUAUGGAAUAUCACGACUUGCUCCACCCUCUGGUACGAAGGGCUUUGGAGGCACUGAGGGUUUCAUGGCUCCAGAGAUCAUGAGGUACAAUGGAGAAGAAGAGUAUACGGAAAAAGUAGACUGUUUCUCGUUCGGAAUGCUCCUAUACGAGAUCUUUACACUGCGUCAGCCAUUUGAAGGCCACGAGGCAGUGAAGGAGGCUGUAUUGGAAGGAGCACGACCGCCACUAUCGCCAAGGGAUCUUCAAUAUCCAUGCAGUAUGCUGGAGACGAUGCGUCGCUGUUGGAGUGGGGCACCAGAGAUGAGGCCCUCGGCCGCUGCGUUGGUAGCAGUGGCUGCGGCCCCGGAGUUCCUCUCAUUGAGGGAUGCUGCUGUUAUCAGGCAGCCUAGGGCCGCUGCGGCCACGCCCAUGUGUAAUAUAACAGAGGAAAAUACAGAGGGUUGGGAGGUGUGGUACGGUGGGGCGGAGCCAGAGAGAGCCCACGCGCUGAUAACUUCGUCUACCACCUUUUUACACCACCACUCACUCACAGUACCCCCAGACAAAACAGAACCGGUAAUUGUAACUGCGAUGUGUCGCGUCGGACACACAAUGUGGCUGGCUGAUUCUGUUGGGCGAGUUUCAGUUUAUUCUAUAUCCGACUGUGUCUUGCAAUGGAGUGUCAAAGUGUGCGAAACUGUGGGUGGCGGUGGGUCUAGUGUGUCGGCGUUAUACUCACUGGAAUCACUACAUCGCGUUGCGCUUGCGCUGUCUUGCGGAAGACUAUUUAUGGUGUCAUGCGAGCGACCUCAAGCCGAAAGCACGUUCGUCCUCACAGAGUUGGGUACGGCCACUGAACUCAACUGUCUGACCGCUGUUUAUGCUGAUAAUGGGGUUGAGGUUUGGGCAGGUGGUGACGGAAUCUACACCUACACAGUGAACUCUGAGGGCGUGAGUGCGGCUGAGUUUAUCGCAGCUCCCGCCCGCCCUACACGAGUAGCCCGUCUUGCUGCCUCACACCAUGUAUCAACUGUACUUGCAAACUGCAAAAAUGAUGUGUACGUAUACGCGUACUCGGCGACGUCCAGGGAACAAAGUGCGCGCCUGGACUGUAGCAAACUCGCGCCCAGUUCGGAAAGUUUGCAAUCUAUCGCCAGUGACGACCCCCUCACCGAAGACAGAUGUCGGAUAACAUCUCUGUGCGUUUGCGGCACUGAGGCGUACGUGGGUACCCUUUGGGGCUGCGUCAUUGUUGCUGAUGCAGCUACUCUAAGGCCGCUUGCUGUCUGCAGACCUCAUGAAGGAGAGGUUCGAGCAAUAUUGCCACUUUAUCCCCAUGGCAGCAUCAACUACCCGAUGCUGGCAACACUGGGGGAUGGAUACCGACCCCUUCUCAAUAGAUAUGCCCCGUCACAGUCUGGCAACAACCCAACUGCGUUGACUGGUUUCUAUUGUCUAUUAUGGAGAACGCAGCAUUGGCUACCUGAUUAAAAUCGUUAGUUUAAAGAUAUAUUUACAAAGUACCAGUCUUUCUAGGAAAGCAUGGCUACCACGUAACUUUAAAGCGAUUCCAACUAUGACAAUAUUUAUUAGAAAGUUUUGUUUUUAGUUCUUCUUGUCUUUUGAACUGGUCAACAAAGUUUUCACUAUUUUUAUUGAUUUUCCAAUUAUAAUUACAUCAAUCUCUGAGUAUCUUAAGAGUGUGUGUAUGUGAGUGUUCACAGAGAAGUAUUGUGUGGGUCUUAGUGUCCGGAAGCUAUAUCCAGAAUGCUCUCUUCUCUCUGUAAAAUAAUGUGUCCUAGUCCAGACGAAGACUAGCCACUCACCACCAAUGAUGACGUGUCCCACUCCAAGCACUGGAUCCAUUAAUAAUAGUAAAGAUAAUGCUGUCUAUAGUAAGUGCGCACGCGACAUCGGUUAAUUUAAUCGCCAUUACGCCGGCUCAACAGCUACCAUUUCCGGUUCGUGUGUCAAAGUCAAAAUUGACAAUUGUCAUCCUUCUUUGAAGAACUUCAUUUUUUAUCAAACUGGGUUUUAUUUUAUUGAAAAACGCUUAAAACAUCAAAUGCAUCAAUAUUCAGUAAUCCCUCCUAUAACACGGUAGAUUGGGUUCGCGUUAUAACAAACUCAUGGUAGGAGUUUACUCGCUUAACGCGCUUGUAUAAACGUGAAUCAUUUGUCUUUAACUUUUAAGGGGAUUUAAAUCGAAACAACCCAUGUUAUGAACGAAUAAGUUCGUACAAUAUAAAUGUCACAGUACAGAAAUAACGUAUGCAAACCCCGUGUUAUACACACGUUAUGCAAGUGCGUUAUGAGGGUGAUUACUGUAUAAUUUUAGGACGUUAUUCCGUUAUCGCGUUUUAAACAAACACAACGCCAUCUGUUGGUUAAUAAAUAAACUAAAUGUUGAAUUUAGUUAGUGGGUUUAAAGGGAAGAAGACAAAUUCCUAGAUUAAGUUGUACAAAUGUAGUGCGUUUUUUUUAAAUUUAUCGUUACAAAUGUGGCCAUAAACAAAUUCCACAGAUAAGUAUUUUUAUCUUCAACCACUAUUACUAGAUGGCGCUACGUACUAAUUUUCUAUAAGAAAUAUUAAGAUUAUUGCAGCUUAUAAACUGCAAUCACAAUAGUACAGUAAUGUCAAUAGUAACAGCAACAUGCCAAUAGCUUGGCAGCCAUGGCGUUUUCAUAUUUCCAACUACUAUAAGAAAAUUGGCAUAAAUAACUCAAUUUUGAAAUCGCUAUUGUAAGUUACGUGGUAGACUUACCGCUUGCAAUUGCUAAAUAUCUCAUAGUAUAGAUAGAUUCAAAUAGAACAUAUUCAUUUCAUGUACGAUGCACGGUUUCUAUAUUCAUAAUCGAUUAGUAAUUAUUACGAGACGUAAUUUUGCGCUUUAAGACAACAGUUUAAUAAAAUAUUAAAUAUCUAGUCCUAUACCAAUAACACUUAGUUCCAAAAACGCGCAGAUCUUACACACACGACAUCAUGAUUGAUUAGUUGUUUUAUAUCUAAGUACUAAAUAGUAAUGUAUUCGUCCAUAUACACUAGUAUCUUACUCAGAGUGGUUAAUUAUGUCUAAUGAUAGAUGUGUUUUAAUUAAAGCCAGAACAAUAUGAUUAUGGCAACACUGAUAGGAAAUUUUAAGCGUCGUUUCCUUCAGCCUUACAGACAAUUCGUUAUAUUGUAAAUUACAUUUAAUAUAUUAGUAAUUUUAUCACUUGAAACUCGAAAAUAUCUGUUCAGUUACCAGCCUCUCAGUCUGCUAUAGAUUCCACUCCGGAAAAUGCAAUGGAAUUACACAACCUGAUUCCGUCAUUCAUCUGGAAGCACGCUGGAGUUUCACUUCUUCGUCGUCGACAUCCUCAGUGCCAGUUUGAAACGUUUCUUGUAAAAACAGCAAAGGAACUCCUUGCCUCCUUUCAUGGGGUUCAUUUAAGCAGCGGUUGAAUAGGCAUCUUCUGGACAGGCCCUCCAUUAGGUCACAUCACACUUAACAUCUGGUCAAACGUCUGUCAAGUUUUUUUAUAAUUAAAAAAUUCACGCAAUAAAAUUGACACCACACUUUGACAGAUGACAUUGACAGUUGACAAUGACAUAUUAAAGAUUGUUGCCAUUUAAAGAAAUUAUUUUCCAUGAUAUAGAUAUUUUAUAUAUAGUUCUGGCUUUGCAUAAAUAAUUUCAGCUUCAUACCUGUACUCAUAAUAAUGUUCCGUAAACUUAAUUUAACGUUUAAUUAACGACUGUGUACGUAAUACUGUAAGAUAUAACAUAGUGUUGUUCUUAGUGUUCGUAGCGGUAGAACGCUUCAGGAUUAUUUUAAUGAGUGAAUUUUAUUUAUAAUUAUUAUUUUAGUAAGAUUGUGUUGUGAGAAUAUAUUUUUAAUUGCAGAGUCUGUGCGUGAAAUGAAACGUAGAAGUGUUACGUCAUUAUUGUUUGACAGUAGUCUUGACACAUUCGAAAUUGUGAAUUUUUGAAAACGCGUUCUUCCGUCUUUCCGCACAGAUUAAAGAAUUUGACUUGACGCAAUGUCCAAUGUCCUAAGAUAGGGCAAAAAAUAAAUAUACGAUCGCGGGCGAAACCGCGCGGCACAGCUAGUAAUGUACUAAUAAAACUGUGAUUUCCGUAUAAUUUUUUUGGAAUGCCAAAGACAUAAACGUACUAUAAGCAGUGAAUAGCUAAUUAAUGGUUUAACCUUAUUUUGUAAGUCACAAUUUAAGCCUAUAGUAUGUUUAUAUUAAUAAAGAGAUAUAC